UUAGUGAAAUUGGCAUUAGGUUUCUAGAGAAACCCCACCGCUCUCGCUGCUGCUUCUUCGCCCAUCUCAAGUUCCGUUUUGUUCUUCGUCGUGGAUACACCUACGGUGCGGAGAGAGAGAGAGUCCUCCUGCAAGUGGGCAGCUGUUUGAAGUUUGUGAGUUCGAGUUUGUUUAGCCACAGCAACCAUGAAUAUGCCGUUGUUGGAUAUUCAACCACGAACGUUGAAGUUUGUAGUUGAUCUCAAGAAGCAGAGUACCUGCGUGGUUCAGCUUACCAAUACAACUCAUCUUUUUGUUGCCUUUAAGGUCAAAACUACAUCACCCAAGAAGUACUGUGUCCGUCCAAAUGUUGGCGUUGUGGCACCAAAAUCAACCUGUGAAUUCUCUGUCAUUAUGCAAGCUUUCAAAGAGCCACCUCCAGAUAUGGCUUGCAAGGACAAGUUCUUAAUCCAGAGUACUGCUGUGCCCGAGGAAACAACUGAUGAAGACAUCACUGCUAGCAUGUUCUCCAAAGCGGAAGGCAAACACAUAGAGGAAAACAAACUGAGAGUCACUCUCGUGAUGGCUUCUGACUCACCUGAACUAUCUCCUAUUAAGGGGGCACUGAAGCAGGAAUCAGUAUUUGAAGAUUCCAUCCCCAAGGAUCGAUUACAUGGUCAAUCAGAGACUCUUCCUCCACAAUAUGAGAGUGAGAUUGUAAAGGAGCCGCCGAGGAUGGUUGGGCAUGAUGAGUUAAAGCAACCAAGGAAGGGCGUCAUGGAUUUUAUUGAAAAUGACAUAAAGGCAACUAAAGGUGGUGGCUACGAUACAUCAAAAAUGGCAAAAGAAACUGAAUCUGAUCCUAUUAAGUCUCAUAAGGAUGAAGAUGCUGGAAGGGGAAUAAAGCCAACACAUGAUUUGGGUACUACCACGAAUAUGGCCAUGGAUCUUUCCGGGGAUCAAGGGUUUGCUAAUGGAAAAACCUCAGCCAAGAGUGUGACUUAUCCUGAAGAACCAAAGAUACAUAGGGACAGAGACGUUGUCUCGCAGCAGAAAACAGACGCUCAGAAUAGCAAAGCAUUGGACGAGUAUAAGUUGGUUAAAGACAUUGAGGAGAUGAAGCUGAAAGUCAAUGCUCUUGAAUCCAAGCUAAAACAGGCUGAUUCAACGAUUUCGAAGCUAAUGGAGGAGCGGUCUAUAAGCUCCCAACAUAGAGAAAGCUUGCAACAAGAGCUGGCGGAGAUGAGGAUGAAGAAGAUAGUGAAAGAAGUGCACAUUGGGUUCCCUCUGCUGUUUGUAUGCGUGGUUGCAUUCAUCAGCAUUGUUAUCGGGUAUUGUCUGCGCACUUGACUGCUUGGUUUCUCUCUCUUUAUCUCUUAGCAAGUGUGCAGUCAGAAAAUAUAGACAAAGGAAGGAUACUUAAUGAUUGGUCUCGUUUUGGUCAUAAUGAUGUUUCUCCAGACACUUUUAAGAUGAAUUAUUAGACUGUAUAGCGUCGAGUGUUAGUUGACACAAAUGGACAUAUGGUAUGAUCUAUGAUGAUUUGGCUCUGUUUCUCUGCUCGUUUA